GUGUCAUUAAAUGCAGACAUAAACACAGCAAUGUUAGCUAGCAGCAGCCAUAGACAGGACAGUGCUACAAAACUAGUUAUCUGACCCUUUUUCUUUUCCAUCUUUCUCUGUAUCUCUCACCUUUCUUUGUGUAUUUUUCUACUCAUCUUCUCUCUGUCAAUACACAUUCUCAUCAAUUUGCUAUUAUUUAUUUCAACCAUUGCAGAUGAAAGGUUACAAGUCCUGCAUAACUUUUGUGCCAUUUGCACGAAAGUUUCAAAAACCGAGUGAGAAUUUAUAACAAAGAAAAAGUCAUUGCAUACAGACACAUAUAAGCUUGAAAAAUAGCUGUAUGGUUGACCCUGACUUCUAAGUAGAUUUUAUCAUUGAAGAAGCCAGGGGUGACUAAAGGGUGUAGCCUUAUGCCUAUUAAUAUUCCUCUAUAGUUGAACAAUUCUAGUUCAUCAUAGCCUAGUUCUUCUGGUUGAACAGUUCAAGUUCACUCAUUUUUGGCUAUCUUUCUCAGAACUUGCAUAAUAAUCUGUACCUCCUUAAAAGUUGUAUAUCCCAGAAAAGAAUUUUCUGGGUAAGAUUUGAAAUUCAUGCGGCACUUCAUGGCUCUCUCCAGUGUACUUGCUAUACUCAUUCUGCAGUACUCAUUGGUAGCACUGGUUUCUUCAGCAGGACCACCAAGUGGUUGGAAAACAUUGCGUGGAUCUCCACCAGUGGUCAUAGCACGUGGAGGGUUUUCAGGGAUAUUUCCAGAUUCAAGUUCACUUGCCUAUAAUUUGGCACUUAACACUAGUAACCCAGAUGUGAUUCUAUGGUGUGAUGUGCAAUUAACAAAGGAUGGCAAUGGGAUUUGUUUCCCAGACCUAAAGCUGGACAAUGCCACUGAUAUUUCAGUUGUUUACCAAGACAAGCAAAAGGAUUACUUUGUUAAUGGGGUCUCAUCCCGGGGAUGGUUUUCUGUAGACUACAACUUCAAAGAACUAGCAAAUGUUUCUCUUGUUCAGGGAGUUUACUCUCGGACUCCUAAGUUCGAUGGCAACAAGCUUCCCAUUCUCCAUGUUCACGAAGUAGCUAACUUGAUAAAAUCGCCAUCUACAGGCCUGUGGUUAAAUAUUCAGCAUGAUUCGUUCUUCAAGCAACAAAAUUUGAGUGUAGAAAAAUUUCUACAAUCUCUCAUUCAUAAAAAAGUACCUGUCAGUUACAUUUCAUCACCUGAUGUGGAUUUCUUAAAAAGAGUUAAAUCAAGUUUCAGUCCUGGAACAACCAGCUUGAUCUUCAGGGUUCUAGAGCAGUCUGAGAUUGAACCUACAACCAAUCAAUCUUAUGGUAAACUCCUGCAAAAUCUUGCACAAAUCAAGAAAUUUGCUUCAGGAAUUCUUGUUCCCAAGGGCUAUAUAUGGCCUGUAGACUCGAGCCUUUCUCUGCAACCACAUACCUCUCUUGUCUCAGAUGCUCACAAAAAAAAGUUGCAAGUUUUUGUAUCAGACCUUAUCAAUGAUGUUCCAUUUAGCUACAAUUUCAGUUAUGAUCCUGUGGCUGAGUGUCUAUCAUUCUUUAAUGUUAGUAAUUUCUCUGUUGAUGGUGUGUUGUCUGACUUACCAGUUACUCCAUCUGCAGCAAUAAAUUGCUUUUCUGGCCUAGGGGAAAAUCCCACUAAACAAGUGGACACUUUGGUUAUUACAAAAUAUGGAGCAAGUGGAGAUACUCCUGCUUGCACUGACCUUGCAUAUAACAAAGCUAAAUCAGAUGGGGCAGAUGUACUUGACUGUCCUGUUCAAAUGUCCAAGGAUGGAACACCCUUUUGCUUAAGCUCUGUAGACCUUUUAGAGAGCACAACGGUUGAUCAAACAAACUUCACUACCCGUGCUACAACUAUUCAGGAGAUCAAAAAUACCAGAGGCAUAUAUACAUUCAGCUUGACAUGGGAUGAGAUAAAAACAUUGACUCCCUCAAUAUUGAAACCUUACGAGAAAUUCAGACUGUUCCGAAAUCCAAAAUUGCAAAAUCAAGGAAAGCUGAUAACCUUGUCUGAGUUUUUGUCCUUGACUGAAGGCUCUCGCAUCUUGAUCGGCAUAGAGAAUGCUGCAUAUCUGGCAGAGAAGCAGAAUUUAAAUGUGAUCACUGCAGUCCUUGAUGCUCUAAACAAAACAAAACCAAGAUCACACAAAGUUAUGAUUCAGUCAACUCAUAGCUCUGUGCUUAAAAUAUUAGAUAAAUCCAAAUUUGAAAGGGUUUACAAGGUUGAUGAGAACAUUGGCGAUGCUUCUGAAACGGCUAUUAAGGACAUCAAAAGAUUUGCUGAUUCUGUGGUAAUAGGAAAGAAGUCUGUUUUUCCUGAAACUGAAGCCUUUUUAGUUAACGCUACAAACAUUGUGGCAAAGCUGAAGUCAGCUAAGCUCCGAGUUUAUGUAGAAACUUUCAGCAAUGAAUUUGUAUCUCAAGCAUGGGACUACUACUCUGAUGCAUCUAUUGAGAUAAAUUCAUUUGUCAUUGGAACCAAGGUCAAUGGCAUCAUUACUGACUUCCCCAAGACAGCUGACAGAUACAGGAGGAACUUGUGCUUAAAGCAUUGCAAGAAAGCACCUUACAUGAGCCCUAUUGAACCUGGCAAGCUUUAUCGACAGAUUUUUGAGUUGUUCCUUCCACCACUUCCCCCUCCAUCUCCAGUCUUGAUCGAUAGUAAUGUUACAGAGGCACCUUUGCCCAGUGCUUAUUGGUCCCUCCAAAAGGGGCUGCGGUAGCUCCAGCCCCAUUAAAGCAUGAAGAAAAGUGAACAAUAAAAAUGAGUGUUGUGGAUUCCAUAGUUGGAAAGGGAGUGAAAUGAUUUCUUUGUAUGAGAAGUAUUUAAACUCACUUGUGCCUCAACUUCUAACUAUUGUGUAUGAUAACUCUCCAUCGAAGUCUAAAAGAAAUAAUUAAUUGAUCAUCUUUAAUAGAGACAGACCUAUGGUUCACUAUGAGUGUUAUGAUAACGU